AUGGUGGAAAAACAGAAGAAACGUCCAAAACUUUUGAUUCGAGCUCGUGAACGUGACGACAUUUGCCAUCGCAUCUACUUUGCCAUCUUGGAAUGUCUUGGAUAUGAAGUUAACGAUGAGACCGUCUUCACCAUCAAAUACACUCCAGAUGGUGGUGUUGACGUCAAGGAGAAUGAAGGGAAGUAAGUCUUUGUAUCUGAAAUGAACAUUUUAUCUUUUUUUAUCUGUUGCAGUUGAAAUAGGCAAUUUUAAAAGACCCUUUCACAAAUUUUUGUAAAAAAAACGCUUUAAAUACAGUUGUUUUAGAUGUUUGGCAAAUAUAGUCCAUGCUUUCUUUUCAUAUCUUUUUAAAAUAUUGCUCUGUAGCUCAAGUUUUCCAGGUUUCCCUAAAUUUACAGUUUAUCUUAGAAUAAUUAUUCGAAAACUUCGAAAGCUCGCCUAACACAAUACCCAAAGUCAAAAACCAAUUUUCGCAGAUAUCAUAAACUUAACUCACGUUAACACUUUUAAAACCCUAUUCGAACACCUUGUCAAGCGAAGUUUUUAGCUCUAAAAAUUGACCAAACACUUGAUUGUUACCCAAAAAUUGCGCGAAAACAAUGUCAAGGCGUUAACCCAAGCAAAUCUCACUCAAAAAGUUAUAAACGUUGCCGUUUUUUAAAAAAUAAAAUGUCUUUUACCUAAACCAAGAAAAAUAAAUAGAAGGAAUUACUUACCAAUCGACUCCAUAUGGUUUUAGCUUCGAUUUCUAGGCAAAGGUUAACAAAUUUUGUAGGAAAGCAGACGAGUUCGAACAAAAAAUUGUGAAGUUUGAGAAACCUGAAAAUAUUGAGUUACACAACUUUUUGCCGUUUGUUUUAGAAAGAAAUUGUUAAUAAUCGCUUUUUAGAUUCAGAUCCUUGGAUGCCAUGCUGAUCUACUACCACACGUUUGCAAUCUUGGAUGCCAUGCUGAUCUACUACCACACGUUUGCAAUGUUCAAAGAAAACGGCCGCGUCGAGAGCUUCCCAAUCCCAAGUCACUAA